CUCUAUAGAGGUUCAUAACUCUAGUGUUCGGUUACCAUACCAGUCGCUGAAUACAGUCCACACAGUUGGCGCAGAGGUAGUUGUAAUCUUAACCCGUCUCGCGUCCUACAUACACCACACACCCGUCUUACAAUCCAAGAGGACAGGCGGAGGCUGUGAAACUCCACGACGGUGUUCGGCUGCUGCUGCUGCUCUGCCAUGGACCCCGCACAAGUGCUCAACGGCAACGGCCUAGUAAGUCCAGUGUUGCUUCGCCCGGACUUCAAGUCAAGGGCCGCAGCCAAAGUCAAUGGCAACAACAACGGCUACGACAACGGGUACGCCGAGUCCACCAUGUCGUUCGACUCCACGUCCAGCGGCAGCAACGUCUUCUCGGCCUUCUCGAGAAACCGGUGCGAUUCCAUCGCCCUGGACGACGACAAAGAGUCCAAGAUACUGGUCAUCUACACCGGCGGCACCAUAGGCAUGAUCCGAAACGACGACGACGUGUUGGUGCCCACGCCGAACAACUUGGAGCGAAAAAUCAAACAGGACCCCAGGCUGUACGAUGCGCAGUACGCCCGAAAGAAGUACGGGCCAGCCAUGAACUCCAGCCCGUUGGUUUUACCACGAGUCAAAGGAUUCCGGAGGAUAAUCUAUUCGAUUUACCAGUACAACGAGCUGUUGGAUUCCAGCAACAUGUGCAUAAAAGACUGGCGGCAAAUAGCCGAAGACAUUUGGCAAGCUUACGAAUUGUACGACGGAUUCGUCGUCUUGCACGGGACAGACACUUUGGCUUACACCGCUUCGGCUCUGUCGUUCAUGUUCGAGAACCUCGGCAAGACCGUCAUCAUAACCGGAGCCCAACUUCCCGUGUUCGACCUGAGGAGCGACGGCAACGACAAUUUCGUAAACAGCCUGCUGAUCGCCGGCAAUUACAAUAUACCCGAAGUGACGAUAUUUUUCCACAACAAACUGUUGCGAGGCAAUCGCACCGUUAAGGUGGACAGUGAAAAUUUCGACGCUUUCGAUUCGCCCAAUAUGCCUCCAUUGGCCAGCGUCGGCAUCGAUAUCAACGUGUCCUUCAGACAGAUAUACAGACCCAAGACGAUCGAAAAGUUUACCGUUCAUUUGUCUCUGAACGAAAACGUUAGUUUACUCAGAAUAUUUCCAAACAUCACGGCCGACACGGUGAAAACGUUUCUACAACCACCAAUCCAAGGAGUAGUGUUGCAGACUUAUGGUGCCGGCAACUUGCCGUGCAACAGGGAGGACAUAAUGGCCGCUCUCAAGGCGGCCACCGAUCGUGGAGUCAUGAUUCUCAAUUGUAGUCAAUGUUGCAAGGGUUCGGUCAACAGUGUAUACCAAACUGGCCAUAUUUUAAAUCAAGUUGGUGUAAUUUCCGGCAACGAUAUCACUCCGGAAGCGGCGUUGGCCAAACUUUCGUACGUGCUCUCCAAAGACGACUGGGAUCUGAACACCAAGCGAAUGAUGCUCGGCAGUAACCUGAGAGGCGAGAUGUGUGGAGGAAAAUCCGAACAACCCAACACGUUGGCCGAAUGGGACUUGGUCGAUGCGGUCGCACGUACGCUACACGUGUCCAGUCCGCAAGAGUUGACCGUGUUAGGCGCUGUUCUCUUUCCGGCCAUGCUGAACAACGCCAUUGUCCGGUCGGACCUGACCAAAUUGGACGAACUCAAAGGAUUUGGAGCCGAUUUUUCGGCACAAAACUCGGACGGUCGUACCGGUUUGCAUUUGGCGUGCUCUUUGGGCAACUUAAAGGUUGUCCGUUACCUUUUGCUCAACGGAGCCAGCGUGCACAUCAAAGACAGAUUUGACCGGACGCCUCUGAUCGACGCUGUGGAAAACGAUCACGUGGACGUUAUAAAGCUUUUGCGCAGAUGCGGAGCCCAUCUAAACAGCCAUCCCAAACACAUUGGUCAACAGUUGUGCAACGCUGCCGCAAAAGGAGACGUCGACAGAUUAGUGUCUUACGCCACGGCCGGCGCCGACUUGGCGAUUUUGUCCGACAUCAACGGCCGCACGGCUUUGCACACGGCCGUCCUGAUGAACCAAGAACACGUGGUAGACUACUUGAUCGCCAACGAGUACGCUCAAGUGGACAUGCCGGACAUGUUGCAGGUCAGCCCCAUAGAAAUAGCCAGGCGGACCGGCAGCACGGACAUUUUGGAAAAACUGAUGAAAUGUUACAACCAAAACAACUAACCGACUAAUUCGCUACCUCUCCUCAUAACUCAUAGAGCUUAUUAUUAUCGUAAUUAUUAUUUUUUUUUUUUUUACACUGUAAUUUACCUACUUAUAUGAUGUGACUUGCUAUUAUUAUCGACUUGGAUUGUGUGUUAAAUGGUGUGACACACGACUGUAGUAGUUUGUAAUUAUUACCUAUAAACAACAAAGGCUAGUGUUUUUGUGU